AGGUUUCAUCCCAGAAUCCUGUGCAAAGCGCCCGUGUGGCUCGAGGGAAAAGAUGGCGGCGCCUGAGCCCGGGCGCUGGGGCGAAUGUGGGCCGCGGCCUCCAGGUCGGCUGGGCGCUCGAGGCGGACAGGAGCCGGGGACACUGCUGGGUGCCAUGGGUGUGAUGGACCUGGCCUAUGUGUGCGAGUGGGAGAAGUGGGUCAAGAGCACCUACUGCCCAUCGCUGCCCCUGGCCUGCGCUUGGUCCUGUCGGAACCUCAUUGCCUUCACCACAGACCUGCGCAGUGAGGACCAGGACCUGACCCACAUGAUCCACAUUCUGGACACGGAGCACCCGUGGGAGGUGCACUCCAUAAGCUCGGGGCACAGUGAGGUCAUCACUUGCCUGGAGUGGGACCAGUCAGGUUCCCGGCUGCUGUCAGCAGAUGCCGAUGGGCAGAUCAAGUGCUGGAACAUGGCAGAGCACUUGGCCAACAGCUGGGAGAGCACAGUGUGCAGUCGGGUGGAUGGGGACCCCAUUGUGGCACUGUCCUGGCUGCACAAUGGCGUGAAGUUGGCAUUACACGUAGAGAAGUCAGGUGCCUCCAGCUUUGGUGAGAAGUUCUCCCGUGUGAAGUUCUCCCCUUCGCUCACGCUAUUUGGCGGGAAGCCCAUGGAGGGUUGGAUCGCAGUGACAGUCAGCGGCCUGGUGACUGUGUCCCUGCUGAAACCAAGUGGGCAGGUGCUGACGUCUACUGAGAGCCUGUGCCGGCUGCGGGGCCGAGUGGCACUGGCCGACAUCGCCUUCACGGGUGGUGGCAACAUUGUGGUGGCCGCAGCUGAUGGCAGCAGCGCAUCCCCUGUGAAGUUCUACAAGGUGUGUGUGAGUGUGGUGAGUGAGAAGUGCCGCAUUGACACAGAGAUCCUGCCAUCGCUUUUCAUGCGCUGCACCACAGACCCCAACCGCAAGGACAGGUUCCCCGCCAUCACCCACCUCAAGUUCCUGGCCCGGGACAUGUCUGAGCAGGUGCUGCUGUGCGCAUCCAGCCAGACCAGCAGCCUAGUGGAGUGCUGGUCUCUGCGGAAGGAGGGCCUGCCAGUCAACAAUAUCUUCCAACAGAUCUCACCAGUCGUGGGUGACAAACAACCCAUGAUCCUCAAGUGGCGGAUCCUGUCAGCCACCAACGACCUGGACCGCGUGUCAGCCGUGGCACUGCCCAAGCUGCCCAUCUCACUCACCAACACUGACCUCAAGGUGGCCAGCGACACCCAGUUCUAUCCCGGCCUUGGCUUGGCCCUGGCGUUCCAGGACGGCAGCGUGCACAUGGUGCACCGGCUGUCGCUGCAGACCAUGGCGGCCUUCUACAGCUCGGCAGCCCCUCGGUCACUGGAUGAGCCAGCACUGAAGCGGCCACGCACCACCAGCCCCACCGUGCACUUCAAGGCCAUGCAGCUGUCCUGGACUUCGCUGGCCCUGGUGGGCAUCGACAACCAUGGCAAGCUCAGCAUGCUGCGAAUCUCGCCGUCGCUGGGCCUCCCUCUGGAGCCAAAGCUGGCACUGCAACACCUGCUGUUCCUGCUGGAGUACUGCAUGGUGACUGGCUAUGACUGGUGGGACAUCUUGCUACACGUGCAGCCUGGCAUGGUGCAGAGCCUGGUGGAGCGGCUGCACGAGGAGUACACCCGCCAGAAGCCGGCACUGCAGCAGGUCCUGUCCACACGGAUCCUUGCCAUGAAGGCCUCGCUGUGCAGGCUCUCACCCUGCACGGUGGCACGCGUGUGGGACUACCACACUAAGCUCUUCCUCAUGGCUGUCACCUCCACCCUCAAGUCACUACUGCGCCCCCACUUCCUCAACACACCAGACAAGAGCCCUGGGGACCGGCUGGCUGAGAUCUGCGCCAAGGUCACUGACGUGGGUGGGUAUGCAGUAUGGCUGAUAUGGCCUGGGUUCAUUCCUAUACAGGGCUGGGGUUGGGGUGACAAUGUGAACAACAGCGGUAAAGGAAACAGGAGUUUAGGGUUAUCCUCAGUCACAUAUUCUGAGGCAGGUCCAGGAGCCCUGUUUGGCCUGGGAUUAGUCUCCAGUCCCCCACUUGGUGCUGGCUGCAUGCGCCCAUGGUAUCAGCCACCUGUGUCUCAGACCUCACCCAGGGUCUUCGAGUUAGCUGGUAACUGGAUUGUAUACAUCAUCCACACAGCAAUUCUGGGGUUGCACAUGUCCUGCCCUCACAUCUGGCAUCCUUACCUACAGGGCUCCCCACUCCGUCCAGGCCACAGCUUCCUGCGUGAUGGCACUUCGCUGGGCAUGUUGCGUGAGCUGAUGGUCGUCAUCCGCAUCUGGGGCCUGCUGAAGCCCAGCUGUCUGCCCGUCUACACAGCCACCUCAGACACCCAGGACAGCAUGUCCCUGCUCUUCCGUCUGCUCACCAAGCUAUGGCUCUGUUGCCGUGAUGAGGGCCCAGCCAGUGAGCCAGAUGAAGGCCUGGUGGAUGAGUGUUGUCUGCUGCCCAGCCAGCUGCUUGUGCCAACCCUGGAUUGGCUGCCCGCCAGCGACGGCCUGGUCAGCCGCCUACAGCCCAAACAGCCCCUGCGCCUGCGCUUCGGCAGGGUGCCCACCCUGCCCAGCAGUGCCUCCACCCUGCAGCUGGAUGGCCUGGCCAGGGCCCCUGGCCAACCCAAGAUCGACCACCUGCGGAGGCUGCACCUGGGCGCGUACCCCACAGAGGAGUGCAAGGCCUGCACCAGGUGCGGCUGUGUGACCAUGCUGAAGUCACCCAACAACACAACAGCAGUGAAGCAGUGGGAGCAGCGCUGGGUCAAGAACUGCCUGUGCGGGGGGCUAUGGCGGCGGACACCCCUCAGCUGCCCCUAAGCCUAGGGAUGGCCCAGCCAUGAACAGAUGCAGAGCUAGGAGAGAGGUGCUGUGCCUGGCCACAAGGGGACACUUGGCAGUGCCCAUCACAGGACCAGACAAGAGGAGCCAGCCCUACAAAUGUUCUGCCUUGGGGUAUGGUCCACUUGCCACCCCUAGGACCCUAAGUCCCUGGGGCAUGUCCAGGUGAGCCUGGAGGUGGGCCUGGAGGAUCCAGGCCCAGUGUCUUCCUGUCACAUGUCCCUAAUGCAUCUGCCCUGUCCAGGUGAGGCUAUGGGUGAUGCAGGCCCACCAGCCUGUUUCUCUCUUGGACCCAUUCUGAAUGGGGGUGGGGGGUCGGAGGUGGGGGCAAUAAAAGCUAAAGAUCCUCCAGUG